AAAAAAAAAAAAAAAUGAAAAAAGCCGGUUGCUUUUUCGGUACAAGGAGAUUAACUGAAAAAAAGGGGGUUAGAAGAGAGUAUAUAAAGUCCAUCCACCAUAAGAAUUUAGUUUUUUGCAUCAUUUUUUUCUCUCUCUCUCUCGUUUUUGUGAUGAUCUCCAUUGCUCGUACCUGGCGUCGUAUCUCCCAAUUCAAAACAAAUCUAGGCAACAAAAAAAGGUCCUUAAAGACUGUUCGAUUCAAUGCAAUUGAUACUAUUUAUUAUACACAUUCAUCUACUGAAUACGAUCGUACACCUUCCUCCCUUGAAUCAGAUGUUUGAAUUGCAUAUUCCCAAAAAUGGAUAAUUUUUCUCUUUGUACAUAUAAUUCCUCCCAGUCUCUUGGCAUACUUUUUUUUUUAUAACAACAGGAAUGUUAUACCUAGUUAUUUUUGUAAUCAUCCCUAUAUAAUAAAAUUUACUAUUAAUAUCCAUAUUUUAAGUUAGGAUAUAGUUUGGACUUUUUUUGGAGCAACAAUAGUCUACAUAAAGAAAAUGUAUUCAUGGUUUAGACAAUCA